CAUGCCGGGAGUGGUAGUCCCGGGGCUCGCGGGGUUGCGGGACGGCUCCAGGCCUUUCUCGGGCCGGUGGCGGAGGCGACCCUGGCUGCGCUGUGGCGGCCUGUCUGGGGCGGAGAUCUGCCGGGGGCCUCUUCCGCGCGGCGGUGGAGCCAGCGCCUGUACCGGGCUGGGUGGGGGGCGCGGCGUUGGGUUUGGGAGCGCGGAGCCGGGAGGGGCCGCGCGCGGACCCCGGGAGACGCGGCGCGGCCCGUGGGUCAGGGGCCAGUCCCCGCGGCCCCCGCUGCGGUGCGUUGCGGGCGUCGCAGGUCCGCGGGAGACGCGCGGGGAGGGAGCGCCCUGCCAGACCUACCCUGUCAGCGGUCUGCACUCCCUUGAUAGGAAAACUGAGAAGGAAAGAAUGGCCAUGGAUUUGCUGCCCACUAAGGUGACAGAGUCUGUGACAUUCAGGGACGUGGCCGUGCUCUUCAGCCAGGAUGAGUGGCUGCACCUGGACGCCACACAGAGAACCCUGUACCGGGAGGUGAUGCUGGAGAACUACGGCACCCUCGUCUCGCUGGGGAUUCCGUGCUCAACACCGAAGGUGAUCUGCCAAUUGCAACAAGGAGAAGACCCCUGCCUGGUGGAUAGGGAAUUUCCUCAAGAUGCUUCUCUAGGUCUCAAGGCUCAGAUGAAAAUGGAAGCCUUGCCUCCCAGACAAGGCAUUUCUAGAGAAGAAACAUCUCAGGGAAUAAUAAAGAAGAGGUCCAUUAAGUGUGGUGACUGGGACACCAAUUUUGGACAGACUUUUGAAUUUGAGAGCAGGACAGGACAGGAGCAGCAGAAGAAAUCUCUUAGGCAAAUGGUGACCUCCCACAAAAAAACCAUGAGUGGAGAAGUAAAGCAGACAAGUCUUGAAUUGGGGAAAGGCUUACUUAUAAAUACAAUUCUUGUUACACAGCAGAGUGUGCCUAUAGAAAAGAUACCCAAUAUCUAUUACACCUUUGGGAAAGAUUUUAAACAGAAUUUUGACCUAAUGAGAUGCUUCCAGAUUUACCCAGGAGAAAAACCUCAUACUUGUCAUGAAUGUGGGAAAAGCUUCACCCAGCGUCUCCAUCUGAUUGAACACCAGAGAAUUCACACUGGUGAGAAACCCUACAGAUGUGAUGAGUGCGGGAAAACCUUUAGCCAUAGAUCCUCCCUUCUUGCCCAUCAGAGAAUCCACACGGGAGAAAAACCUUACAAAUGUAAUGAAUGUGAGAAAGCGUUCAGCAGCAGUUCAACCCUGAUCAAGCAUCUGAGGGUACACACAGGAGAGAAACCCUAUCGCUGCAAGGAAUGUGGGAAAGCCUUCAGUCAGUGUUCUACUCUCACCGUACAUCAGAGAAUUCAUACCGGCGAGAAACUCUAUAAAUGUGCCGAAUGUGAGAAGGCCUUCAAUUGUAGAGCAAAACUUCAUAGACACCAAAGAAUCCACACAGGGGAGAAACCCUAUAAAUGCAGUGAAUGUGGGAAAGGUUACAGCCAGUUUGCAUCCCUGGCUGAACACCAGAGGCUUCAUACCGGGGAGCAGCUGUGUAAGUGCCUGGAAUGCGGGAGAACCUUCACACGUAUCUCAACCCUUCUCGAACACCAGCGAAUUCAUACUGGCCAGAAACCCUAUCAAUGUAACGAGUGUGGGAAAACCUUCAACCAGUAUUCCUCCUUCAAUGAACAUCGUAAAAUUCACACCGGGGAAAAGCUCUAUACUUGUGGAGAAUGUGGGAAAGCCUUUGGUUGCAAAUCCAACCUGUACAGGCAUCAGAGAAUUCACACGGGAGAGAAGCCCUACCAGUGUAAUCAAUGUGGGAAGGCCUUCAGCCAGUAUUCAUUCCUCACUGAACACGAGAGAAUCCAUACCGGGGAGAAACUCUACAAGUGUAUGGAGUGUGGGAAGGCCUAUAGUUACAGAUCAAACCUGUGCAGACACAAGAAAGUUCACACAAAAGAAAAACUCUAUAAAUGGAAGGACUAUGGGAAGCCAUUUAUCUACAGUUCUUCCCUUACUCAGUAUCAGAGAUUCCUUAGAGCAGAUAAGCCCGGUGAAGUUUAAUUCUUCUCUCAAAUAAUUCAAGACUCCUUAUUGGAGAAUAAUAAAUAGGGCACAGAUUCUGGAUUAGAUUUUUUUAUUUUUACUGAUGGAGAAAAUAUGCUAGUUCCCACUACGUCAUGGUGAAAUUGAUCAGUGGGAUUAUGAAGAGCACUGAUUUGUCGAAUUUUCUAAGUACCAUUAAAUGCUAAUAAGGUUUCUAAGAACAUAGACCUUUUUUUUUAGUUCAUGGAAAAAAACAUAAAAGGCCUAACUUUAAAAAAAAAAAAACC